GUGGUGAACUUCAGUGUCGUGGUGGUGAAGUUCGGUGUUGUGGUGAAGUUCAUUGUCGACGUUGAUGCAUAAACAGCUCUAGUUAUGUUUAUUAUCUUACUCCUGUGUCUACUCUUGACGCUAUCUGUCGUCCGAACAGAGGUGACGUCACAGCCAGUGGUGGGUUACGAGUAUGAGCGAGUCACUCCGAAGAGUAUCGAUAUUAAGUCGACGACAGGUGGCGGGCGAAUCGUGCAGGUGACCUUUGAAUCCAGUUAUUACAACGACGUGAACAUCCACUGGAUGGUGGGUGGCAGAAUGGUCAUGAGUCGAGACGUCCAGUAUUCCACGUUUCGCCAUAACCAGCAAGCGUUCAUCAAUCUUCCAGCAUCUGACGUCAAUAAAACACUUCAGUGCAUCAUGGUGUUGAACAUGUACCAUGUGACUGUAAAAAUUCAUUUGAAUGGAGCAACUGGUACUAUAGCCGUCGACGCAGUUAGAUUUGAUGUUAACCGACCCGAAAGCGUUACAUACGAUGAACAAGAUGUCGGUAAUUUGACCUUUGACCUGAACCUUAAUUUUCCAAAAGUCACUCAUCUCGAGGCAUUGAUUACGUCCGUCUUCGUUGCUGCUGACUACUGCUCCCAACCACCGUUGCCCAUCUUGGGACAAGAUUCCAGAUUCAUCGAACACACUGAUGUUGAACAGAGGGGAGAUAACUGGAGCGAGAACAACGUGAUCGAUCAAGGCUUUUCCGAUUACUCUCAGAAUGUCAAGGUAGUCGCAGUACGAGGCAAUCACAUACGUCGUGGAAUGAUCAUCUUCAAUGGCAGGUGUAUGUAUCCGCCUGCCGGAAGUGACGUCGUGUCUCUAGACGAGAUCUAUGUCUCGAGAAUGGUGUUUUUCAAGCAGGGUAGCGGCCAUUACGACAUGAUUCCUUCCAACACGGUCACGGUCGUGGGUUGGACGUACCAGUACGAGAUUGACGAGCACGGGGACCUGGAGGUGCACGUGCAUGCGCUCGGCAACCCCACCCCUCGCGUGAUGCUCAUGCGAGACCGAGUCGAUCUCAGUAUGUCCACCGAACGAGUUGAUAUGACGUCACCGUACUACACGCAGACGACCUUCCGCUUCCGGAAUAUGACAGCGUCCUCUGCCGGGCGAUACGUGUGUACGGUGGUGAGUGGCCUGGGAAGAAUCGCCGAGACCUUCACGGUGUACGUAAAGACCGACAACUGCCAUUAGAGUCUUACAAACAGAAUACAGGCCUCGGUAUCACAGUGCUUAACCACCGUGGUCGAGGUAACUGCUAGGUGCUGGGGUUGAGUCUUGGAGUUGAGUGCAUGUCUCAUCGUGAAGGUGAUAGUACUGCACCAACGUAUAUCUCAGGUCAGCGUGUUUGAAUCUUAAUUUGAUAUAUUAGUAUGAAAAUAAAUUUUAGUGAAAAUGCAUUUAUAUAAUAGUAAAUAAAGAGUUAAUAAUAUA